CAUAAUAUUUUCAUCACUAUAUAUCCCACCCAAUCCAAUUUCACUCUCCCAGCCCAACCCUUCUCACAAUUCCAAUCAUGUCCCACCUAGCGCCGCUCAUUCUCACCCUCACCCUCUUCUUCGCCGCGCCCGUCCUAUGCUGGCGGCCGUGGCCCAAUUCCACCGAUUCGCUCUACGGCGGCUCAAAAAAAUACGAAGGCUCCUCGGAAUUCGUCCACCUGAAGUACCACAUGGGCCCCGUCCUCACCGCCAACAUCACCGUCUACCCAAUCUGGUACGGCACUUGGAAAAGCUCACAGAAGCGGAUAAUCCGCGACUUCAUCGACUCCAUCUCCGCCGGCGACGCCAAAUCCCCGUCCGUCGCCGGGUGGUGGAAAACCGUGCGCCUCUACACCGAUCAAACAGACAACAACAUUUCCCGGACCGUCCACGUGGGCGAGCAGAAAAACGACCGCUUCUACUCCCACGGCAAGUCCCUCACGCGCCUCUCCGUCCAGUCCGUGAUAAAAUCCGCCGUCUCCGCCUCAACCCGCCCGCUCCCGAUUAACCCCAAGAGCGGGGUCUACCUCCUGCUGACGUCAGACGACGUCUACGUUCAGGACUUCUGCAACAACGUCUGCGGUUUCCACUACUUCACCUUCCCUUCCAUCGUCGGCUACACGCUGCCGUACGCCUGGGUGGGGAACUCGGCCAAGCUCUGCCCCGGCGUCUGCGCCUACCCCUUCGCCGUACCGGAUUAUAUCCCGGGUUUGAAGGCCGUUAAGUCGCCUAACGGUGACGUCGGGGUGGACGGGAUGAUAAGCGUGAUUGCGCACGAGAUAGCGGAGCUGUCCACGAAUCCGUUAAUUAACGCCUGGUAUGCGGGUCAGGACCCGGUUUUCCCGGUCGAGAUAGCGGAUUUGUGCGAGGGCAUUUACGGGACUGGAGGAGGCGGGUCCUACACGGGCCAGAUGUUGAACGGCAGGGAUGGCGCCACGUAUAACAUGAACGGAAUCCGACGCCGAUUCUUGGUGCAGUGGGUUUGGAAUCAUGUCUUCAAUUACUGCACAGGCCCUAAUGCGCUCGAUCAGUAAACUUUCUUUAAACGCUUCAUUUCUGUUUUAUGAAUUUGUGUUGCCUUCUUUUGACUAUAAACAAACUAUUGUUUAAUUAAUCCGUUAUUUUUCGGUUUUGUAUGUAUGUAUGUAUGUUCAUUAAAAUUUUCAAGUAUAUUUUGUUCUGGGAAUUAAUACGUUUGAUUGAAUGA